CUACACGACUAAAUAAACGGACGCUCUAAAAAUCGAUCGGCUUCGUCAGUCGGAAGCCAUUAAAGUUUUCCUCUCUUGCUAGUGCGUCGCAGUGGAUACUCAGUUUAUAGUAAUUUUAUAAACACCACAUAUUUGUUAUCAGUGAUAAUUUAUUUAUCACCCGUCCAAAAUGGUCAAGAUGGAGCACGAGGAUGGAAAAAAUGAACCCGAGCAUGUCCGUAAAUUAUUCAUUGGAGGUCUGGACUACAGAACAACAGACGAUUCUCUGAAGAAACAUUUCGAGCAAUGGGGCGAAAUAGUCGACGUCGUCGUGAUGAAAGACCCCAAGACCAAACGUUCACGAGGCUUUGGAUUCAUAACUUACUCACGCGCGCACAUGGUCGACGAUGCACAGAAUGCAAGACCUCAUCGAGUUGACGGCCGCGUCGUCGAGCCAAAACGCGCGGUCCCGAGGCAGGAGAUCGGGCGACCCGAGGCCGGCGCCACCGUCAAGAAACUCUUUGUCGGCGGUCUUAAAGACGACCACGAGGAAGAAGAUCUUAGACAGUAUUUCCAGAGUUACGGAAGUAUAAAUUCCAUUAGUAUUGUCACUGACAAAGAGACUGGUAAGAAACGCGGGUUUGGAUUCGUUGAGUUCGACGACUACGACCCUGUUGAUAAAAUUUGUUUGCAACGGAAUCAUCAGAUCCGCGGUAAACAUGUCGAUGUUAAAAAGGCUCUGAGUCGAGCAGAAAUGGCCUCUGCAACCGGAGGAAGUGGUGGUAGUGGUGGCGGAGGUGGUGGUGGCGGUGGCAGCAGCCGCGGAGGACAAUCCGGCGGCCGCGGGCCUCGAUCAGGCAACCAAGGAAGCGGAAACUGGGGUGGCCGUGGAUCCGGUGGUGGUGGUGGCGGCGGCGGUGGUGACUGGAACAACGGAGGUGGCCAAGGGGGUUACGGGGGCGGUAACCAAAACAACUGGGGUGGCAACGGACCCUGGGAGAGCCAAAAUCAAGGCGGUGGUAAAGGUAACUGGGGUGGACAAGGUGGCCAAGGCGGAUACAACAGCGGCGGUAAUUGGAGUAACGACAACUUCGGAAGUGGUUACCAACAAGGAUACGGUGGUGGCCCUGUUAGGAGUAAUUUCAAUUCCGGCGGACGACCAGCACCCUACGGUACUAGUAUGGGCCCUAGUGGAAGACAAUCUGGAGACGCGAGGUGGAUGCCACCCUUCGGUGGACAAGGACCAAUGGGAGGUAACUCCGUUGGCGGUGGCGGUGGUGGCGGCUACGGCGGAGGCAACCAAGGCUACGGCGGCGGAAAUAUGGGUGGUGGUAAUAUGGGCGGCGGAAGACGUUACUAAUAUGUCUGAUAUAACAUCGCAUCUUAAUGACGCAAACUCUCUCCCUCGAAGAUGUUAGCUUGCAGUGAAAUUAAGAGUAAAAAAACGUAUUUUAUAAAAGAGCAUUCGAUUUAAAUAAAGUUGAGUCGACGGAAGGUAUAAUGUAGAUAAAAAAACGUAACUAACGUGAUCUUGUGAAUUUUGAACCUCAGGUGAACCCCAAUACUACUUGUUGUCUUCUAGUCCGUCAAGUACAUAGAAAAUCUUGUGUACUAUACUACUGUGUUAGUUACUGUGGAGGCAGGGCUAAAAGGCGUAUAGUCAGAUCAGACAGGCAUGAGGCCCAAGGCAGGACAAUCAGGAUCGAAUACAGGAUGAAAAUAAUUUAUUACUUAAAAA